UUGUUUCCCCCUUUAUAUAUAGCGCGAUGGCAUCUCGGGGCUCAUCCUUAACAUCGUUGGCGCGUGGAGCGAAUAACGGAUAACGGAAUCAUGUUGCAUUGUCUCAACACUUCCGGGAAUAUAGACACGACACUCUUGGAAAGACAGAAGUGCCACCAACCUCACUUCUCCGCAACGGAACUUAACGCCGUCUUCUCUUCCAAGAAGAGAAAGGCUGAGACCAAUUGCAAGUCCAAGGUCGAUAAGAGACUCAAAGUGAGUGCCCGGGAACAGGAAAACAACAACAACGGAACAACUUCCGCGGAUACUUCCAAAGGCUCCGAGGUUCAAAACCAAAAACCUCAGUACAUUCAUGUCCGAGCGCGUCGUGGCCAUGCCACUGAUAGCCAUAGCUUGGCCGAAAGAGUUAGGAGGGAGAAAAUUAGCGAGAGAAUGAAGUAUCUGCAAGAUUUAGUACCCGGUUGCAACAAAAUCGCAGGCAAAGCUGGAAUGCUUGAUGAAAUCAUUAACUACGUUCAGUCUCUUCAGCGUCAAGUUGAGUUCUUGUCAAUGAAAUUAGCGGCUGUAAACCCAAGGCUUGACUUCAACAUUGACGAAUUGUUUGCCAAAGAGGUGUUUCCAUCUUGUGCUCAAAGUUUUCCGAAUAUAGAGAUGGCAUCAGAUGUGACGAACAACCCCGCGUAUCUUCAGUUCAAUUCAUCUCAGCAACUUGUUUCGUGCUGUGGUGGAUUAAUAAAUAACAUGGGAAUAAGCCCUGCGAAUUUGGGAAUUCGAAGGAACAUUAGCACUAAUACUACUACUACUAUCCCUGUACCAUUGUUGCCCGAAACGUCUUUUGACUCAUCAUGUUUCGCUCAACUUCUACCCUCCUCAAAUUGGGAAGGUGAUUUCCAAAGCCUUUACAGUGUUGCUUUUGGUCAAGGGCGAACAGCAUCUUUUCCUUCUCAGCCAUUUACAGGUCUAGUUGAAGGGAGCAAUCUAAAGAUGGAGAUGUAAACCAGAUCAUCCAUGAUAAUUUGUUGGAUUAGCUCACUCCGAAUGCCUUCGUUUUUUUCUUUUUUUGUAACUUUUGAAGUACAUAACAUAUAUUGGUUGUAUACUGAUCCGUAGAAUAAAUAAGAUCAUAUUAAUACCUGUUAA